AUGUCCUUCAGAGAUGCUUUCUUCGCGGCAUACGACUCCGCCAGAAAGGGGCAUCUGCAAGCAUUACUUGACAAAGUCGACUUCGAUGCUCUCAGAUCCAUUGCGACUCGUCUUCACGACAAUGUCCCCUGCUCCAUACCCGCUCUCCUGAAUGCCGGUGAACAGGCGAAACCAGAUGCCGAGUCCAAGCAGAUCUUGGAUCAGACAGGCGGUCAGAAUUGUAACAUUGACAUCUGCUUCGCCGACGGCGUUGUCUGGAUAGCACGACUCAGAUUUGAAGAACCUACAGUACUGCCUCACGAUGCACAAACACCAAUCUCCAUAAGUGAAGUGGAAACUCUAAAGUUCCUCUCGCGAACCAAUAUACGAGUUCCAGAAGUGUUUCACCAUUCAUGCAACGAGACCGAAAUUGGAACUCCAUAUGUGCUUAUGGAAAAGCUUCCUGGAAAGCCAUUGCAAUGGUCUAAUGCUUCAGCCCAACAGAAAACAAAAGUCAUGGAACAACUUGCAGAUGUUUUUCUCGAACUUGAGAAACAUCCCUUUCCAGUGACUGGAUCUCUUUCUCAAGGUGGAGUGGUUGGACCGUUCGCUCAGAACCACAUGUUUGUGUCUCCAUUUGAGUCACUUGGACCGUUUUCUACCUCGAAAGAUUCACUCACGUCGAUCUUGACACAUGAGAUAGACAUGAUCAAAGAUGGAGAGCUAUCCACGCUUGCCACUGACAACUUCUUGACCCAUCUCUGGAGGCUUGAGCAUUUACCCGGUCUUUUGGCAAAUGCGACGGAUAAUCACUUCUACCUGAAACAUGCCGAUGAUAAGGGCGACCACAUUCUCAUCGACGAAGACUACAACAUCACCGGGAUAAUCGACUGGGAGUGGGCAUCAACAGAAACCAAGAACUUUGCAUUCAGCUUUCCAUGCAUGAUGUGGCCUGUUGUAAAGUAUUACGAUGGCAGUAAUGAAUUGUCACAAGAGGAACUUGAGUUUGCGCAAAUGUUUCAACGUCGUGGACGAGAAGAUAUGGCGCAGAUGAUUCUGCAAAGGCGUGCAUGGCAAAGAUUCCUCUUUUUCAUGGCGGGUGCAGGUGUACCCUCUUACGACGAGUUCAGAGAUUUGUUUCAGGGCUUGAGAAGAAGCUUCGAGGGAGAAGACAUCGGGUCAUACCUAGAAUGGCGAAAACGCGCCUGCGAAACCAAUGAGGCCUCACUCAUGGAGUUUGGAAGAACUCGCACUGGUGGAUCGCAUUCGACUUCACAGGUUCCUGAUGUUCAUGGAUCGCAAGAACGUAACAAGGAGUGA